GACUAGCAGCAGAUCUGUGACUGUCAGCUGUGUGGUGAAGGUAGAAGCAACAGUCCUUCCAGGUUUAUUCGGUGGAGGGAUGUGAUAUAUACUCCAUGCCAUAGCUCAGAAGAUACAGGAUGUGAGAGAAAAGACUUCAAGACUUGUAGAGGCCAGUGGAAGCCAGUGUAUCAGACAGAAGGUCUGGUGACCUGUGUUUCCAUCACUGGGGAAAAGUUCUGGUUGCUUCAUCUCUGCCUCUAGAUCCCAAAUUGGUGCUUUUCAGGAAAAGCCAUGGCCUCAGCCAGAGUCACCAAGAAGAUGAGAGAGGAAGCCACUUGCUCUAUUUGCCUGCAGCUGAUGGCUGAGCCAGUGAGCAUUAGCUGUGGACACAGCUACUGCCGCUUGUGCACCACAAAUUACCUUGAGAACCUACGCUACAAUCAACCAUGGCAGGAGACGUUCUUCUGUCCUCAGUGUAGGGCUCCAUUUCAGAUGGCUAGUCUACGGCCCAACAAGCAGCUGGGAAGUCUCAUUGAAGUCAUCAAGGAUAUAGGUCACCAAAUGUCAUGUGAGGAGCAUGGAGAGCAGCUCCACCUGUUCUGUGAAGAUGAGGGCCAGCUCAUUUGCUGGCGCUGUGAGCGGGCACCGCAGCACAGAGGGCAUACCACGGUGCUUGUCGAAGACGUGUGGCAAGGCUACAAGGAGAAGCUCCAGAAAGCUGUGACAAAACUGAGGCAACUGGAAGAGGAAUGUGUGAAUCUGAAGGCAUUCACAACACAACAAAUAACUGAAUGGAAUGAGAAGAUUGAGACUCAGAGACAAAAAAUCCAGUCUGACUUUAAGAAUAUCCAGAACUUCCUACAUGAAGAGGAGAAGUAUUACCUAUGGAGACUGGAGGAAGAAAAAGAACAGACUCUGAUGCGACUGAGGAACAAUGAGGCCACUUUGGGACAGAAGAGCCAUGAAAUCCAGAGCCACAUCCUGGAAUUAGAAGAGAAAUGUCAGGGCUCAGCUCAGAAAUUGCUGCAGGAUGUGAAAAACACUUUGAGCAGGAGUUGGGCUGUAAAACUGGAAACACCAGAGGCCCUCUCUUUGGAGAUUCACACUGUGUGCAAUGUUUCUGAGCUUUAUUUUGAUGUGAAGAAAAUGUUAAGGAGCUACCAAGUCAGUGUGACUCUGGAUCCAGAUACAGCCCAUCACGAACUGCUUCUGUCCGAGGAUCGGAGACAAGUCACUCGUGGAUACCCCCAGGAGAAUCUUGAUGCUUCUUCUAGGAGAUUUAGUGCCUUGCCUUGUAUCUUGGGCUGUGAAGGCUUCACUUCAGGAAGACAUUACUUUGAAGUGGAUGUGGGAGAAGGAAUUGGGUGGGAUUUAGGAGUCUGUUUGGAAAAUGUGCCAAGGGGCAUAGGCAUCAAACAGAAGCCUCAGUCUGGAUUCUGGGCCAUCAGACUGUGCAAAAAGAAAGGCUAUGUGGCACUUACCUCUCCUCUAACAUCCCUUCAACUGAGGGAGCAUCCCUUGGUUGUGGGGGUUUUUCUCGAUUUUGACGUAGGAUUUGUAUCCUUUUAUAACAUGACUACUGGCUCCCACAUCUUCACAUUCCCGAAGGCCUCCUUCCCUGAUACUCUCCGGCCCUAUUUCCAGGUUUAUCAAUAUUCUCCUUUGUUCCUGCCUUCCCCAGAUGAGUAAGGAAAGAAGUAAAGUCUCUUUGGCUUAAAUAGCAUAGAAAAUAUAAUGUAAAUCCUGUGAGGUCAGAAAUGUGGUCUGUUUUCUUCACUGCUAUUUCCUAGAACAGUGCUGGUUUUUUGAUGGGUCCUUAAUGAACCUGCAUUGAAUAGGUGCAUAUAAUAACUCUAAAAAUUCCACAUAUGGUCAGCUUGAGCUGGGGGAAGCAAGAUAAUAGCAAUGAUCAUGCUCUCCAUUCCUCUUUAAUGAGUCCAGAUUUGCAAAAUCCCCUGGGUGACCAAUAAGGUGACCCAGAGAUCAGGAGGUCUAAGUUUUUCAAUUUGUUUGAUGCCUUUCAAACUCGGGUGGGGUUGAAGGGAAAGCUGCAGCUGCCUCUGCCAACUGAAGAAAAGAGCAGGAAAAUCAAAAUAGCAGUGACUCUGUU